UGCCCGAGCUUCGGUGGCGAGAUCCUCCUCCGCCUCCCUCCCGAUGAGCCCGCGAUCCUCCUCCGCGCGGCCCUCGUCUGCAAGCCCUCGCUCCGCACCCUAUGCGACCCCGCCUUCCGCCGCCGCUACGGCGCCUUCUACCGGACGCCGCCCCUUCUCGGCCUCCUCCACAGGCUCAUGGUCAUCCAGGGGGAUCCCCCCCAGCGCCUCGCCCCCACCACGGCGGCGCCCCUCUCCCCCUACCCCGACCGCAGCCGCACGCGCCCCCUCGACUGCCGCCACGGCCGCGUCCUCCUCCACGUCGCGGACGGGGGCUGGCAUUUCGUCGUCUGGGACCCCGUCACGGGCGGCCAGCACCGCCUGCAGGAGCCGGGCGUCCCGUGGCUCAUCUACUCCGGCGCGGUGUUCUGCGCGGUGAUAGGCUGCAACCACCUCGACUGCCACGGCGGCCCCUUCCGUGUGGUCUUCAUCGCCACCGACGAUGACGACGAUAUCGUUAAGGCGAGCGUCUACUCAUCAGAGACCGGUGAGUGGAGCAUGAAAGCAUCUCUUGACAGUAACUCUGAACCCUAUGCAAAGCACAGGCGAGAUGCAAUGCUUGCUGCUCGUGCUCGAAACUACACACCCUAUGUGCAGCCUAGGCGAGGUGCCGUUAUCGGAGAUCAAGUCUACUUCACACUUCGGCACGGCAACGCAAUCGUCAAGUAUGACUGGAGCAAGAACUGCUUAUCUAUGAUUAACCCGCAAUCACCGGGUGUGUUAACCACUCGCAUUGCCCUCAUGGUGAUGGAGGACAUGUCACUGGGGUUUGCCGGCACUUUCGGUUCCAGUCUUCAUCUUUGGUCAAGGAAGGUGGAUUCAGAAGGAGCAGCAGAAUGGGUACAGUGCAGGGUCAUCGAGCUGGAGACAAUUAUACCUGUUGCCGAUUCCAGCGACAAGCCAUUAGUGGUUGGUUCCGCAGAGGGUGUGGGUGUCAUCUUCGUUAGCACAGGUGUUGGAUUGUUCACUAUAGAGCUCAGUUCAGGGAAGGUGAGGAAGGUUGGCGAGCCUGGGGUCUACUUUAGUGUCCUACCCUACAUGAGCUUCUACACUCCAGAUGAAGCUCAGAUAUCAAGCUCGGUCUUGUGCCAGCGAUAACUGCUCACCAAAGUGGAAUGCUGAGUUGGAGUUAGUUACGGUUUUGUGCAUGGUUUUUCAGAUCAUAGCACAUUGUUAUCGCUGGCAAGGACUAAAUGAUCUCUGAGUCUGCUGCUGUUGGUUUCUGCGGAACUGCUACUAUCAAUUAGUUUAUUUUCUGUUGAGCAGUUUAGAUACAAUUGAUCCAAGUCAUUAUGAUCAAUUGUAGUUGUUUUGUCAAGUUCAUCCUGAUCAAAAUUCAAAAAAUUGUAUAUCAGUUUAAUAUUUUCGGUUACUGUUUAGCUAAUGCUCGACUCAGCUACUUUGGAAUUAAAUCUAUGUGUGGUUUCACCACCCCAAACAUUUAUAAUUUCUAAAAAGAUUGAAGAACAUCUUCUAACAGGUGUUGAACUCAGAUGUUUUACACUUUUUACUAAACUCUUCGAAAAAUGAUAUCUGGAUUAUGCUGCCAUAACAUAAAAGGCACCUCUUGUUUUUACUGUCAUUUGUGAGUUCUGGACUCAAGUCUGGUUAUUCUUCUUCCUUAUGGGAAUCAUGGCAACAGCAUCAUUACCCCUGGAACAAAAUUUCUCCUUUGUGCUAGAGGUGUUGAUUGGUCUAAUAGUUGAUGAACCAUGAAGUGGCUCUAUAAUGGAGGUUGCUAAAUAUUUAAACAACCUUGUUGACAUAAUAUCCUUUUACCUUGCUUCACAUGUUCUUUAAAAAUAUUUUGUUAUUUUCUGGUAAAGGUGCAGCUCAGCUCAUCGUAUUGUAAAUUUUGAGUUGGAACUUGUUCUAGUAUAUGGUUUGUAAAUUGAAUUG